AUGCUGAAGAUACCUUGGACAGCGAGAAAAACUAAUAAAGAAGUACUAAGGAGCGUCAACAAAGACAGAGAACUGCUAAAGACUGCUAAACAUCGAAAAAUAUCUUGUCUGGGUCAUAUAGUAAGGAAAAGCAAAAUAGAGGGCCUUAGAGGUGUAGGAAGAAAGCAAGUUUCUUGGGUAAAAAAUAUUCGUGAAUGUACUCAGAUACCAAAUGCAGAACAAUUAUUCCAUAUUGCAGAAAAUCAAGAUUUUAACGAGGCUCUUUACGGAAUAGACGAAGGCAUCCUUCUAAAUGGUGAAAGAGUAAACAAUGUUAGAUAUGCCGACGAGACCAUGGUGAUAGCAGAUAGUUUAGAGGGACUUCAGAGGCUAAUGGACAGAAUAAACGAGUACAGUCAACAUUACCGACUAAACAAUAAUACCCACAAAACGAAACAAAUGAUUAUCAGCAAGGAGAAUAUAAACGGGGUUCAUCUAUACAUUAAUGGGACGCAGAUAGAGCGAGUAAAACAGUAUUGUUACCUAAGAACUAUUAUUAACGAACAGUGGAGCCAUUUACAGGAAAUAAAGUGCCACAUAGGAAAGGCAAGAACGUACGAACUCUUGGAUAAAUAUGGCUACCCACUGGAAACCCAUUUUGUACAAACUGACGAUGGUUACAUCCUAGCACUACACAGACUACCUUUUGGAAGAAAUCGAACAGAAGCAGACAGAAGAAACAACAAACCGGUGAUUUUAAUGAUGCAGGGAAUGUUCUGUAGCAGCAUGGAUUAUGUUAACACUGGACCAGGAAGAGCAUUAGGUCUUAUACUAGCAGAAGCUAAAUAUGACGUCUGGUUGGGAAAUAACAGAGGUACAAGGUGGUCCAGAAAUCAUGUCAAGCUAAAUCCGGAUAGAGAUCCAGAGUUUUGGGACUUUAGGUACGUUUUAUGCUAUUAUCUAUAUAUUUAA